AAAUUUGAGGUACUGUCAGCGCCAUCUCACAGAAGGUUUCUGAACAGUCAAUCAGCUGAGUGAGUCUCUUGACAAGCAGCUGAUUCAGCACAACAUAAACAUAAACAAUUAAAUUGUCAAAAUAUAACCUGGUUAAUCUGAAAAUAAUGGCGUCCCACGGGGACGCUUUUUGCAUCAGAAGCGUAAAACCCCAAUGGGUGCAACCAGCAAACGUUCCUCAAACAGAGAACUUCGACUUUGGAGAAGCCCUAAGUCAAGUUGAGCCCCUGCUAGACUUAAUAUUCAGAUAUUUGCCCACGAGAGAUCUAAAAUCGUGCCUAAAAGUUUCUCCAUCGUGGAAAGAGAGGGCCGAAGGGGCCUUGGGCAGGAGAAACGCCCCGAGCUGGUGUACAUGCUACCGAGUGACCAGCAAGGGGCACAAAAGCAACGUUAUUCAGCACAGUCCUAAUUUGAAUUACAAUAACAUCCAACUGGGAAUAUUUAUUUACGAUAGUUGCAGGUGGAAGUUGACUAAAUGCGUUUGUGUGCACAGUAAUAUUUCGGAACUGAGUAGGAAAUACGUUCCAGAGUAUUUAGAGGAGGAGUUGGUGCCUGGAGAGGUGGAGUAUUGUUUGCUAUCGGUGAAUAGGGUUGUGUCAUAUUUUGGGGGCACUAGGACAACGGAAGAUAUACAGACCCACGGAUCAAUAUUCGAAGGAGUGCUGAUCCCGAAAAUCCCCUCAGUAAGAACCGUUCUCUUCCACUGUAACCCGACAUGCAAAAAGGGAGAACUAAAGAACACCAUCAGCAAAUACGUCGGAGAAAACGACGAGGCAAAAUGCAUCCUCAUUUUCCUCAAAACCCAAUUGUACGAACCCGUGUCUAAUUUAUUAGAAUUCUUGGUUCCAAAGGGGCAGCCUAGUCCUGUGGCCCUUGGCGGGGGGAUAAUCAGGGGCACCAAGACGUUUCAGCACGUUAGCACCGACCCAAAAGUGAUCCCGGCCAAAGAUGCGGUCUGCAUCGCGUUUUUAAAGGACAAAACCUCCGAUUUGGAUAAUUUUAGGGCGUAUUCGAGGGUGCUGAAGAAGGGCUCUUACGGGGACGAUAUGUCCAAGGAGGAACUCGAGGCCGAGCUAUUAGAAUUUAAGCGGUUGGUUAUUUUGAAAAAGCACAGCCUCGGAUUCAGGUUCUCUUGCGUGGAAAACUACCAGAGGAACGAGCUGGAGUCUUUCAAGGCAGUUUUUCCGGGUCUACCGCUGCUCGGGUCGGAAGUACGCGGGGAAAUCGGUUGGAAUUCUUGCACCAACGAACCUGAGGAGGAUCAGCCUGGUAAACACAAACGUAAGAGGAGGAAGAAGGAUCAUCCGGUGCCGCAGCAUUUUUAUUCCACCAUCUUCGUGCUGGUCACUUGGGAUUGAAUUGUGUAUUAUUAUUGUUCAGUAUUGUCUUUAAUUUAAGUGCUUUAUUAAAUUUUUUUAUUAAUUAUA